UGAUCUGGACCCCCAAAUCUCACACCAAACAAAAUCUAUUACCAGAAGAAGAAGUUCACUCUCGUCUCUGAGAGUGAAGCAGAGAGAAAAUGGCGUCGCCCACGGCAAGGAUCACGUUCCGCGUAGUAAUGUUAGCUCUGGCUCUUCUGGUCGUCUUCUACAUGGGUCGUCCUCUCUACUGGAAAAUCUCAGCCACCAUCCACGAGAUCCGCGAAAACAGACAGACCGUUAAGCAAGGUUUGUCGCAGAUUGUGCUGGAAGCCCAGAGAACUGUUGGUUGGUAUCACGACGAGUCGGAUUCGGGUGCCCGCGAAGAUCCGGUCGGGAAGAAGGUGGCCACGACCCGGAGGCUUCUGUUCAGUCAGGUUUCAUGAAGAUCCUUUACUCCAGUCACUGCUUGAGGUUUCUAUGCGAUGAUGUCAGUUGUGGCACAGUGGGUCUGUUCAGAUCUGAUUUUGGUUGAUGAUGUUUAAAUCAAUAUAUAUGAGAAAUGAAAUGCUUGUUCAUGAAGCGAUUAGUUGUUAGAGAGACUUUUACAACUGCAAUGCUGGAUAAUGUAGUAAUUGUACUGUUCUUGAUAUAUAUAGAAAUGCAAUGCGUGUUUGGUUAUGGUUGUA